AAAAUUUUUAAUCAACGUUAAGAAGAUUCGGUUGAGUUACUGGUCAUCCUGUUCGCACUUCACUGCUGUGCUCUUCAAUGGCUUCAUUGGCAUCCCCAACGAAUUGCCAUUCUUGGGCGCCCUUCGCUGCAGCGCCUCGCUUUGGAAGCUCUAAUAAGCUCAUCGUCCACGUUUCCCCCACGCUUCUCGCUCCGAUUGCUGUUAGUGCUGGACAUACCCUCAACUUAUCUCAGAAACAGAAAAGUAGCAUUCCUAAUUUUACAACCGAGGGGCUCUGGGAAGAAACUGAUUGGGAGAAGCUGGAUGCUGAUUUGAAUUAUUGGACGAGACCACUGCGCCCUGUACAGUGGUAUCCUGGUCAUAUUGCUAAAACAGAGAAGGAACUCAAAGAACAGCUCAAGCUAAUGGAUGUUGUAAUCGAAGUUCGUGAUGCAAGGAUCCCAAUGUCCACAAGUCAUCCACAGAUGGAUUUAUGGCUUGGCAAUCGUAAGAGGAUACUAGUUUUGAAUAGAGAAGACAUGAUAUCCACUGCUGAUAGAAAUGCAUGGGCUACUUUCUUUGCAAAGCAGGGCUUGAAAGUUGUAUUCUCAAAUGGGCAACUAGGAAUGGGCACUAUGAAACUUGGCAGACUUGCAAAGUCAUUAGCCGCCAACGUGAAUGUCAAACGUAGAGCCAAGGGCCUACUUCCUCGUCCAGUCAGGGCUGGAAUUGUGGGAUAUCCAAAUGUAGGCAAAUCUUCUCUAAUCAACCGUUUGCUAAAGCGUAGAAUGUGCCCAGCAGCUCCUAGACCAGGUGUUACAAGAGAGCUGAAAUGGGUCCGCUUUGGGAAUGAUCUCGAGUUGCUGGACUCUCCAGGCAUAAUACCAAUGCGUCUCACGGACCAAGCAGCUGCAAUCAAGCUUGCAAUAUGUGAUGACAUUGGCGAGAGAUCAUAUGAUGUCACUGAUGUGGCUACCAUUCUUUUGCAGAUGCUUGUAAGGCUGCCAGCGAUAGGACCCGAAGCUCUUUCCAAGCGUUAUAGAGUUGAUGCGGAUUCUUACUUUGGUAAAACAUUUCUUGAUAAGAUUUCCCUUCAGUUGUUCAAUGGGGAUGUUGGCCAAGCAUCAUUUCGUGUUUUGAAUGACUUUAGGAAGGGAAAAUUUGGUUGGAUUUCACUGGAAAGGCCCCCAAAGUAUGUUGCCAAAUAACACAAAUUGAAAGAAUGACAUGCUUCCAAUUUAUAAGGGAUGAAGGUAGGGGUUUAGCUGGUAAGGUGUAUGUAACAAUGGAAUGAAUCGGCAUUUUUGUAGAUAGAAGUGUUUUUCCAGAUAAAAUUGCCCUUUCAUUCUCACCUUAGUUUUAUCUUAUAAAAAAGGAAGUGAUCUACAUUUUAUUCUUAUAAAAAAGGAUGUGUUCUUCUGGUAAUUAGUUAGGAUUCAUAAAUUUUGAUGCUUGAAGCCUUAGUGUAAGUUUCGUCACAGCAGUUGUAAGAAAUUUAUUUUCUUCACAUUUAUACAAAAAUUAUGUUAUUGAACUUCA